AUGGCUGCCGCAGCGCGAAGUGACCAUGCGCGCAUCUACGGCGAACAUCUGCUGGGCGGGGUCAGGAAGGAGAGUCUGGCGGAGCUCCUCUGCACCCUCCAUAACCCCCCGGCAACAGAUGCGCAAUAUGCGCCGCUGGGUAUAAGGCCACUGGAUGAUAUUCUUCGUGUGUUUCAGGCGGAGUACGGACGUAAACAUACCUAUACGCAUACAACGUCUCCACCCGCCCCAGGAGCUGUAGCAGCAGCAGCAACUCCACACCAGCCCAUCCUUGAAAUAACCUCCCCACACUCCGCAGACGGCAAGACGCAUCUCCUAUACUACAUCACCGCCAUCGCCAUCUUACCAGAGAUGUAUAAAAAUACACCUCUGCCCGGCCGCAAUGGCGCGGCUGUCUUUAUCGACACGGAAUAUCGCUUUGAUGUCGUGAGAUUACGCGAGGUUAUGAGGGCGAUUAUACGGGAUGUUACACACCCGGCUAGGAGUGGUCGUGGGGAUGGGAGAGAAGGCUACGGGGGAUAUGAGGAUAGGGAUAUGGAUGUGGAUAUGGAUGACAUGCUUCACAAUGCCCUGGCGCACGUUCAUGUCUUUCGGCCGCAGUCGUCGGCUGCGCUGCUGGCGACGGUUGAGGGGGUGGAGGAUUACUUGCUUCGUGGCGCGGAGAGGAGGUGCCACGUGUCGCAUUUAAGACCAUUGAAUGUUAUUGUGCUUGAUAGUGCUAGUGCGUUUUAUUGGCAGGAUAGGAGGGAGAUGGAGGUUCUUGGGAUCCCUGGCGUGCGGGAGGAGAGGGAGAGAAGAGCUCGCAAUGACGAGAGGGGGAAUGGGAAUGGAGAUGGAGAUGAGAAGCACACAGGCACAGGCACAGGCACAGGCACAGGAACAGGCCAACAACAGCAACAGCAAAACCUCCCGCAGAAAAUCACCCGCGCCCUCCAAGCCCUGCAACACACCUUCUCCUGCCCCCUCAUAUACACAACAUGGGGUCUCCAGCCCGCUCUUCCACGUCCAUACACCCAACUGGCUCACGCCAACGCCAACGCCAACGCCAACGCCAACGCCAACGCCAGGACCUCAAUCGCAGCACCGAACAUACCCCUCUAUAAAUCCCCCCACCCCUCCUACCGGCCGUAUCUGCCCCGUCCAUGGCCUUCACUCGCGACGUGUAGGGUUGUCUUGCAGCGUGAGAGUGUUAGGUCGUUUGCGCCGCUUUUGACGCUUGAGGAGAUUAUGGGGGAGGCGGGGAUGAGGUUGGAGGUUGUGAGGAGGGGGAGGGUGGUGGGAUGGGUGGAUGGUGGGGUGGGGGCGGAGGUGAGGAGGGGUGGGACGGACAUGGAGAGGGAGAGGGAGAGGGUGGUUGAGGGGGUGUUUGGGUUUUGGCUUACGGGGAGGGGAGGGGUGGAGUGGCUUGAUGGGGAUGGGGAGGUAUAG